CUUUGUAAGUUUGGGUACCGUCUAUGUUCGUCGUCUUUCCGUUUAUAUUAGGGCGACCACGAGAUGGAUAUAUCUUCCAGCAAGACAUCGACAUGACAUCCAUCUUAAAGAUGACUAAACGACAACGAAGGAGGACUCGUGUAGGUAUCCAGAACCAUGCAGACUACGUCAUAAUUUACGCCAACGUUGGCCGAGUUUUCACGAUACUUUCGCUGUCACUAACCCGUUAUGGUGAAUAUGUAUUGGAGAAGGUGUUUGAAUUGAAACACAAAGUGAGUGUGGUUUGUUCUUACGGGGAAGAACUUGCUCUUCGAUCCAAAGGACGUUGGGAUGUUUACCAGUUACUCGAGGAGACCGGUGGCCCGGUGAUUCCCAUGAAUCCGCCCUGUCCGCAGGAAUAUGAAUGCACAGCGCUGAAGCUGAUGAAACUGCUCAAGUACGGAUCAGUCACGGUAUUGGCUCAGAUACAGAUAUACGAGGGGAGGAAUUAUAGGAAGGAUCUUGUGGUGAGGUAUGACGAAAGCAGAACAAACAGCAGUGAUGCCGUCAACAUAACACUGGGUAACGUGCGGAAAAUAGCUGAAGACAACAAAAGAAGAUUGGCUUUAUUUUCGGCGGAUAGAGAAGGCAAUGUCAUCAUACUACUAACCGGCGGCACCGGUAAACCAAUACGCGUCUGUUAUCACUGGCAGAACAUAUCAUACGCCAGGCAAUGCUUACCUGUCAUAUACCCAGGACUUGGGUUACGGGCCACGCCAAACUCCGCAUCUAUGGAUGAAGCCAAUGAGCGGUUCAUCCUUACCGUAUUGUUGGGUCGCAAAAUGCUCCUUCUGAAUAGUGUUGAUCUCUCUUGUUUUAAACGUAAAAAGAAGUUCAUUAAGCCUGAUAUACAAGCCCCAAGUGCAAUUAAACAAGAUUUGAUGUUUCUAGGCCAUGGAUGGUGGGGCGAUAUUGUGCAAGUGAAGAAGAGGGCAGCAGGUUUAGUCACGAUCUAUCGGCCCGUGUUGGCUUUCCGUUGAACACUCCGUCAGCACGGGAAACUCGGUGAUAAAUGCUGGUGAAUGCUGGUCCCCUGAACCCAUAUUCGUUGAAAUCCUUCAGCAAUAAUUUACUGAAAUAGCUGAGUUUUGCAGGUGUCAUGAUUGCAUAAGGGUGAUACCUGAUCGGUCUAAAGUUUCAGGAAUAGUGAAACGUUUCAUGUUGGAUAAGUGUUUGGUAAUAAAGCACAGAUUAAAUGACCGAAGAUCAAAGCUACAUGCCCCUUAUUAGAUAGAACCAGCCUUUCGUCCAUUUGUAAAUGUUUUUGUCCACAUCAUUCGGGGUUUCGAGCGGAAACUCCUGGUAAGACUUAGUUUUGGUGUUAUUAAUCUAUUUUAUUGAACAAACUUUCAACACCGCCAAUCUAACGAGUGCUGAACACAAGAUCCGACUCAUCUAAAUGUCUUUAAGGACAGGCCUGCUGCUUACAACUUCAGAAACUGAAUAGAUGUGGAGGGAAGGUAACUGCGCCGGGUGACAGCACUUUUCUGUAUUUCU